AAGAAUUUGAAUUAGAAGAAGAAUUCAAAGAAGGAUUCAAAGAAUUAAAAGAAGAAUUCGAAGAAGAAUUCGAAGAAUUCAAAGAAGAAUUCGAAGAAUUCAAAGAAGAAUUCGAAGAAUUCGAAUUAGAAGAAUUCAAAGAAGAAUUUGAAGAACAAUUUGCAGAAUUCAAAUUAGAAGAAGAAUUCGAAGACUUCGAAUUAGAAGAAUUCGAAUUAGAAGAAUUUGAAGAAUUCGAAUUAGAAGAAGAAACAUUCAAAGAAUUCGACAAAGAAUUUGAAGAAUUCGACAAAGAAUUCAAAGAAUUCAAAGAAGAAUUCAAAAAAUUCAAAGAAGAAUUCGAAUUAGAAGAAUUCGAAGAAUUUGAAUUCGAAGAAAAAUUCAAAGAAGAAUUCAAAGGAUUCAAAGAAUUCGACAAAGAAUUUGAAGAAUUAGAAAAAGAAUUCAAAGAAUUCAAAGAAGAAUUCAAAAAAUUCAUAGAAUUUGAAAAAUUCAAAGAAGAAUUUGAAUUAGAAGAAGAAUUCAAAGAAGAAUUCGAAGAAUUCGAAUUAGAAGAAUUCAAAGAAGAAUUCGAAGAAUUCAAAGAAGAAUUCAAAGAAGAAUUCAAAGAAUUCAUAGAAGAAUUCAAAAAAUUCAAAGAAGAAUUUGAAUUAGAAGAAUUCAAAGAAGGAUUAAAAGAAUUCAAAGAAGAAUUCGAAGAAGAAUUCGAAGAAUUCAAAGAAGAAUUUGAAGAAUUCGAAUUAGAAGAAUUCAAAGAAGAAUUCAAAGAAUUCAAAGAAGAAUUCAAAGAAGAAUUCAAAAAAUUCAAAGAAGAAUUUGAAUUCGAAGAAUUCGAAGAAUUUGAAUUCGAAGAAGAAUUCAAAGAAGAAUUCAAAGAAGGAUUCAAAGAAUUCGACAAAGAAUUUGAAGAAUUCGACAAAGAAUUCAAAGAAGAAUUUAAAGAAUUCAUAGAAGAAUUUAAAAAAUUCAAAGAAGAAUUUGAAUUAGAAGAAUUCAAAGAAGGAUUCAAAGAAUUCAAAGAAGAAUUCGAAGAAGAAUUCGAAGAAUUCAAAGAAUUCGAAUUAGAAGAAUUCAAAAAAGAAUUUGAAGAAGAAUUUGCAGAAUUCGAAUUAGAAGAAGAAUUCGAAGACUUCGUAUUAGAAGAAUUCGAAUUAGAAGAAUUUGAAGAAUUCGAAUUAGAUGAAACAUUCAAAGAAUUCGACAAAGAAUUUGAAGAAUUCGACAAAGAAUUCAAAGAAGAAUUCAAAGAAUUCAUAGAAGAAUUCAAAAAAUUCAAAGAAGAAUUUGAAUUAGAAGAAGAAUUCAAAGAAGGAUUCAAAGAAUUCAAAGAAGAAUUCAAAGAAGAAUUCGAAGAAUUCAAAGAAUUCAAAGAAGAAUUCGAAGAAUUAGAAUUAGAAUAA